AUGAAAAGAGAUGAGUGGCAACAGUCUGAGAGAAAGGAAAAGCCACUAGAGGAAGAACAGUCAGCCUAUAUAGGUGAAAGAUACCGGGGCAGAGAAAAAGAAGCAAGGACAAUGGUGGAAACACUGGCCAUCUUGAUCACCUUGCUGGUGUUUCUCCUGAUUCUGUACCUUCUGAAACAACUCUGGUCACACAGUUCCUACCCCCCUGGGCCUCUUCGGCUUCCUUUCGUUGGAAGUGUAUGGAAAUUAGGAAUAACGCUUUUAAAAGAUUCUUUCAUUAAGCUGGUGAAAGAAUAUGGAAACGUUUACAUGCUGUGGCUGGGACCUGAACCUAUAGUUGUGCUGUCUGGCUACGAAGCAGUGAAAGAAGGGCUGAUAAACCAAUCGGAACUCUUUGCUGAUCGUCCAGCGACCCCCUUCAUAGAAGCUAUCGCGAAAGAACGGGGUAUUAUAUUUUCAAAUGGCCACACCUGGAAGCAACAGAGGAAGUUCGGGCUAGCCUCUAUGCGGAAACUGGGACUAGGGAAGAAAGGCAUGGAGCACCAGAUACAAGAGGAGGCCCAUCAGCUUGUGGAAAUGUUUACACUUGCAAAGGGGCAGCCAUUGGACCCAGCAGUGGCCAUCACCAAUUCUGUUACCAAUGUGAUCUGCGCUGUGGCUUUUGGAUGCCGGUUUUCUGCUGAAGAUAAAGAAUUCCUCAAGUUGGUGGAAGCAGUUGACUGUAUCACAAAAUUUCCAUCUUCCGGUUUUCAUACUCUGUAUGCAAUUGUCCCAUGGCUCAUGAAGUAUCUCCCGGGACCGCACAGGAAGGCACUUGCCUCUGUUGAUAUUAUACAUUCUUUUGCAAGGAAGGAGUUAGAAAAACAUAAGGAGAGUCUGGCUGUCCAUGAGCCGCAGGACUUCAUCGAUUUCUAUCUAUGUCAGAUGAAGAAAAGCAAGAAUGACCCCAAGUCUACUUUCAAUAAAAACAACCUGACCCAGUGUAUUUUUGACCUCUUCAUCGCAGGAUCAGAAACAACAGCCUUGACACUGCAAUGGGCAUUGCUCUUAAUGGCAAAUCACCCAGACAUCCAAGAGAAAGUCCAUAAGGAGAUUGAAGAUGUUUUGGGUUCCUCUCGUCCAUUCAGCUAUCAAGACUGGAAGAAACUGCCGUAUACCAAUGCUGUGAUUCACGAGAUCAUGCGUUCCGAAUAUAUCUUAUUAUUUGGCCUCCCCAGACAAUGUACAAAGGAUGUGAAGAUGUUUGGUUUUCUCAUUCCAAAGGAGGCUGCUAUUUUUCCAGAUCUCCGCUCUGCUCUUUUUGAUCCUAAGCAAUGGGAGAAACCUCAGGAGUUCAACCCUAAUCAUUUUUUGGACAAGGAUGGAAAAUUUGUGGACAGAGAAGCGUUUCUUCCAUUCGGUGCAGGGGCCCGUGUCUGCCUGGGGGAACAGCUGGCGAGAAUUGAGAUUUUCAUCUUCUUUACCACACUGCUGCGGGCGUUCACCUUCCAACCGCCAGAAGGAGUAAAGGAGCUCGGCACAGAAGCUAAUAUUGGGGUAACGUGUCCUCCCCGACCUUAUAAGCUCUGUGCUGUGCCACGCUGCAGCGCCGCAAGCAGAUUGAAGUAG